AUGGUACCUUAUGGAAUGGACAAAGGCGUUGUUGAGUUAGGGAGAGAAAGGGAGAGACAAAGAAGACAAGAAAUCAGUGCUCUUUAUAUGUCUCUAAGAACCCUACUUCCUCUUGAAUUUAUCAAGGUCUCUGUCGCCAAGAAGAAAGGACGUGGAGAUGAGAAGAAUGGAGUUAAGGUUGGGGUUUUCGUCAUGCAUCAAUCUAAUGACCAAAAUCCAAAGGUACACAUAGUUUACUUGGGAGAAAAGCCACAUCAUGAUACUAAAUUCACUACCGAUUCUCACCAUCAAUUAUUAGCUGCUAUAUUGGGAAGCAAGGAGAAAUCGUUGGAAGCAAUGGUGUACAGUUAUAAACAUGGCUUUUCUGGGUUUGCAGCCAAGCUCACUAAAUCUGAAGCUCAAAAGCUAUCUGAAAUGUCGAGGGUGGUUCGAGUUGUCCCGAGUUCGCUUUACAAAGGUGCUACAAGAAGUUGGGAUUUUCUGGGGCUGUCUUCUUCUCCAUCUGAGUCUUCAAACCUUCUUCAUCGUGCUAAGGGUGACAAUGUCAUUAUAGGUGUUAUUGAUACGGGAAUCUGGCCGGAGUCGGAGUCGUUCAAAGACAAAGGACUAGGGCCAAUACCAUCACGUUGGAAAGGAACAUGCGAAUCAGGAGAACAAUUCAACUCCACAAACUGCAACAAAAAAAUCAUAGGAGCGCGUUGGUUCGUGAAGGCGUUCGUCGCCGACUAUGGUCGAGAGGCGCUAGCCAAGGAAUACUUAUCACCACGAGACCUAAAUGGACAUGGAACUCACACAGCCAGCACAGCCGCAGGCUCAUUUGUAGCAAACAUCAACUACCACAACAACGCUGCCGGCACAGCGAGAGGUGGUGCACCACUCGCACGGUUAGCCAUAUACAAAGCCUUAUGGACGAACCGCGGCGUAGGAUCGUCGGCGGACAUACUGAAGGCGAUAGAUGAGGCUAUACAUGAUGGUGUGGAUGUGUUGUCUAUAUCGAUUGGAAGAUCACCUCCUUUCUAUCCAGAGUUCACUGAAUUAAGUGAUAUUGCAUUUGGGUCAUUUCAUGCUAUUACAAAGGGGAUUUCUGUUGUGUGUGCGGCUGGAAAUAGUGGGCCUUCUCCACAAAUGGUGGACAAUGUUGCACCUUGGAUUUUCACUGUGGCUGCCAAUACUAUAGACCGAGCCUUUCUUUCAUCCAUUACAACACUAUGAGAUAAUACCACU